UCUCACCAUGGUUGAACCAUUCUACGGAGUACAAUUUUUGAUUUACUAUUCCUGCGAUCAUAUUUAUAUACUCAUCACACACCCACUCCCUCCAUUCUUCUUCACAUGUUCAUGUCACACUAUAUCUCUUCUCCCCAUAACUGAUUCAUUAUCGAGCUGCGAUUUAAUUUUUAUCCUUUCCAAUGAAUCGCUUAAAGGGUGGUUGGCGCUGCCUAUCCAAAUCCAAUAUUAACAACCUUCUCGAUUAUCACCCAAACGUUGUUGAAAUUCGCAACUCCAUCAUUCUAUCUCGCCCAUUCGGAACCUCCACCAACACUGGAAACAAAGUGGAUGAUCAUCAAUUGAGCAGGGACUUUUUCGUCAACUUGUGGGUUUCCGAAAGUAAAUUCACAAACCCCAGAGGGAAGAAAUUUAUCAAAUGUGGAGGUGUUAAUCUUGACCCUAGAUGGUUUUCUGCUUCGUCUGUUGAUGCUGUUGCGAAGAACGGUGAACGGGUCUUGAAGCAACCUCCUAUUAGCCAAUCUGUUUCUGAAUUUUCUCAACCGGAAUCUCCAGAAGAGGCCAAAGUAGCACCUCUGCUUGCCAGGUCCAACUUGCUAAUUACCAGAGAUAUUGAGUGGGCAAAUCUUGUAUUGGGAUUUGAACAGGAAAAUCGUUAUGCCAUUGUAGAUCCAUGCUACCCACAGUCGCCUGUUGGUUUAAUUCUUGAACAGAGCAACGUCAUUACGAGACAGUUGCUUCGUCUAAGGAGGCCUUUUGUUGCACAGAUAACUGAUGCUAUGGGGAAUGAGCUCUUUAGAGUCCGUAGACCCUUUUGGUGGAUAACAAGCUCAAUUUAUGCGGAAAUUGAUGGUAAGGAAAUUGGAGUAGUUCAUAGACGGUGGCAUCUCUGGAGAAGAAUCUAUGAUUUGUACCUCGGGAAUAAGCAAUUUGCGGUAGUUGAGAAUCCGGGCUUGUGGAAUUGGACAUUCACCUUGAAAGAUAAAGAUGGCGAGGUGCUUGGUCAAAUAGAUCGUGAUUGGAGGGGUUUUGGCUUUGAGAUUCUAACUGAUGCUGGUCAGUAUGUGAUUCGAUUCGGAUGUUCUGAUCCCAGCUCCAAGAUUGGCCUUGCUACUGCGAUUCAAGACCUUGAUGUCAGACGGCCACUGACCCUCGCAGAGAGAGCCGUUGCGGUGGCUCUUGCAAUAUCACUAGAUAAUGACUACUUCUCAAGACAUGGAGGCUGGGGAUUACCCUUCAUUGACGUCGGCGAGUAAAUUUGAUUUGACAGAGUAUCAUCUGAUUAUCUAUUGGCAAUUGUAAUCCCUGAAGCCAUUCUUUACCAAGUAGUGUUUAAAUUGGUGUUCUAAGCUAUAACACCAAGGAUGACUCCAUUCACGUACUCAUGAUAUAGGUGGUACUGGCUCUAUUUGUUCAUGUCACAAAAUGAGAAUUUUAACUCUGCUAUUUACUUUUGUCUUUUGAUUUAUUUUACUGGAUGAUAAGGGCAUGAACGCAUGAGGUAAAUCCUGAUUAUUGCUUUGUUAGUUGGUUAACAGUAAACUAAAAAACCAAAAUUAUCCUUGUACUUUCAACCCGUUUUCAUUUUGGUCCCUUCAAAAUUUACACAGCUUCUGGGACCUUUGAUUUUAAACUGGUUUCAGUGUCAAGUCAUGUGGGUAAUGCCAAUGUUCAUAGAAACGAACAAUAAUUUUGAAGGGGGAAUUUCAGUGGGCA